UUCUCAGCUCACCUAAUGACAUCACCUGUAAAUCAAAAGCAAUGUGUGAAUUGUAUUAAUGUGUAUUUAUUUAUUUUUUUAAGAGGUCCGCGCUGUGCGAAACACCCCUUGCGGCGAGUGAAUGGUUUGUACCGGUGGGUCGUGCUGCAGUGUCUAUCUGUGUUGGAAAUUCAGUCAGCUGUGGAUACAUUCAAAAGGCUGAUUCGCGAUGAGUGAAGGAGAUUCGAACCCGGCCGCCACCCCCACAGCGGCUCCUGACGUGCACGGAGACGGACGCUGGCUCUCCUUGCAUCACCGCUUCGUGUCGGACAGCAAGGACAAGGAGCCAGAGGUCCUGUUUGUGGGAGAUUCUCUGGUCCAGUUGCUGCACCAAUUCGAGAUUUGGAGAGAGCUCUUUUCUCCUCUCCACGCCCUCAAUUUCGGAAUGGGGGGAGACUGCACACAGCAUGUUCUGUGGAGGCUGCAGAACGGAGAGCUGGACCACAUAAACCCAAAGAUUAUAGUGCUCUGGGUGGGGACCAAUAACCACGGAGACACUGCUGAGCAGGUCGCGGAAGGAAUCGGGGCCAUCGUCAAACUGAUCCACAGCAAGCAGCCCACAGCCAGAGUCCUCAUACUGGGUCUCCUCCCGCGUGGAAAGAGCCCCAACGCUCUGCGGGUGAAGAACGCCCGCGUGAACCAGCUGGUCCAGGAGGCCCUGCCCUCCCUGCCCGGCGCCUCCUUCCUGGACGUGGACCCUGGCUUCGUCCACUCCGACGGGACCAUCUCCCACCACGACAUGUACGACUACCUGCACCUCACCCGGGCCGGCUACGCCACCGUGUGCCAGCCCAUCCACACCCGGCUGCUCGCCAUGCUGGAGCAGCACAAAAUAUAACCAAGCGGCGAGCCAGCCAACCGGUCCAUACAUGUAACAACCAUCGAAACUGCCUAACCUCCGACCCUAUACCCUCCCCCACCCCUCUGUUCCCUCCUAGGCCGGGCUUGGUAUUGCAGUCUCCUCCGACAAGCUAACUGGCAACGCCAGAGCACCCCCGCUGCAAAGGAAGAGCUCUCUGUGAAGUCCAAAUUAAAAAAAAAAAUAACAAACCUCACAGAUUAACGGACCCCCUUGUUCUGCUUAACCCCCUCCCAGCUCUGUCCUCUAUUCUCUCCAGGGCUGGUGUGGUGUAGAAACCUCAUCCAGCAAGCCUGCUGACCACACACCAGGGGAAGCAUCGCGAAGCAGCUGCUUGAGAGAGGGAAAAAAACCCAAGCUCAGUACCCAGUCUCUCCAAUCUCAACACAGCUGUGAUCGCCAGCCCGGAGGGCUCUUAUAUAGUUGAUCUGUUUUUUUUUUACUUGCUUUGUAUCGUUUAUCUGACAAGAGAGGCCAAGUUACAACCCUGUUUGUUGCUGUGAGUUCUGAAUGUUGUGUUAACUGUUUCGUUGUGGGUGUUGCUGCUGUCUGAGAGAUGGGGGUGGGGGGGGGUUGGGAGGGUGCAAUGUGCAAUCCUGCUCUAUCUGCUGCUGUAUAAACACCUGAACACACUGCUCUGCCUGGCAAGCCUGUUUCCUUUCCAACAAUCCCAGUACAUUCAGAAUAUUUUUUAAACCCAGUGCACAAAAUGUCCUGGGUUUCAGAAUUUACUUUGUUUUUUAGGUAUGUUGUUUGAAAUUAUCAGCGAGUUUGAACAAUCCGGUCCCUGAUAAAUCUG